AGCGAGGCAACUAUUUCGGCCAUUACCAUCACUGAGCCUGCGCACUCCGACAAAGCCAUCCGCACCGACAGAUCUGCGUCCACAACAGAAUGGCAUCUGUCGGGCGAAAUACGAAGACUGGAGAAUCUGGAGGUGGACGGCAAUGAACGACCAAGGUCAUUAGGCAUCUCUUGGACCGAUCUCACUGUGAAGGGCAUCACCGCUGGUUCAGCAUUCAACGAGAAUGUGCUAUCCCAGUUCAACCCAUUCCACAAAACCCCCAAUCGUGAUCUGAAGACUAUCAUCGACAAUUCACACGGAUGUGUCAAGCCUGGAGAGAUGUUGCUGGUCCUAGGCCGUCCUGGAGCUGGCUGUACAACUCUACUCAAUGUCCUCGCCAACAAUCGCCAUGGCUACGAAGAAGUCACCGGAAACGUCAGCUUCGGAAACAUGUCUUCCAAGGACGCAAAAGCAUAUGGCGGUCAAAUUGUGGUGAACACCGAGGAGGAGGUCUUCUUCCCAACGCUAUCAGUCCAGAACACUAUUGAGUUUGCCACACGGCUAAAGUCCCCUCGCCAUCUUCCAGCAGGAUACCAGACGAAAGAGCAGUAUGCGCAAGAAUACAAAAAGUUCUUGCUCGAAUCAGUCGGCAUCUCCCACACAGCGAAGACUAAAGUGGGUGAUGCUUUCAUCCGCGGCGUCUCUGGUGGCGAGAGAAAGCGCGUGUCGAUUCUUGAAUGUCUUGCUACACGCGCGAGUAUCUACUGUUGGGACAAUUCAACUAGAGGCCUUGACGCAAGUACGGCCCUCGAGUACAUCAAAGCGAUUCGAGCCAUGACCAAUAUUCUUGGACUCUCUAGUAUUGUCACAUUGUACCAAGCAGGCAACGGAAUCUACGAGCAAUUCGACAAGGUGCUCGUCCUUGACGAGGGCAAGCAAAUCUACUACGGGUCUUGCCAGGACGCAGUUCCCUUCAUGGAAGACCUUGGCUUCGUCUGUGUCAAUGGCUCAAACAAGGGUGACUUCUUGACUGGUGUGACAGUCCCAACCGAGCGCAAGAUUGCCCCAGGGUACGAGAACACAUUCCCUCGCACAAACGGAGAGAUAGCUGCGGCAUACGAUCGAUCUCAAAACAAGGUACACAUGUUUGAAGAAGCGUUGAGCUAUGCGGAGAGUGAAGCAGCAAAAGUCGACACUAUGGCCUUCCGAGACUUGGUCGCCAGAGACAAGCACCGAGGCAUUCGAGACUCACCUGUCUCUGCAAACUUCUUCGAGCAGGUACAGAUCACGACCAUCAGACAAUAUCAAUUGUUAUGGGGAGACAAGUCAACCAUGAUCAUCAAACAAGCUGCGACCCUUGUGCAAGCACUGAUUGGUGGAUCGCUCUUCUACGCUGCUCCUGCUAACAAUCUCGGCCUUUUCAUCAAAGGUGGCGCCAUCUUUUUCUCAACUCUGUACCAUGCUUUGCUUGCUCUCGGCGAGGUGACGGAUUCUUUCACAGGCAGACCCGUCCUAGCAAAACACCGCUCUUUCGCUCUGUAUCAUCCGGCAGCCUUCGUCAUUGCCCAGGUGGUCGCUGAUCUACCCAUCAUGUUGUUCCAAGUUGGGCAAUUCAGUAUUGUGCUUUACUGGAUGGUUGGCCUCAGAGCUACUGCUGCUGCAUUCUUCACGUUCCUGGUUAUUAGUUACAUGAACGCCCUGACUAUGACACAGUACUUCAGAGCUGUCGGCGCUGCCUUUCCAACAUUCGACGCUGCUACAAAGGUCUCCGGUCUUACUUUUGUGGCAUUAUUCAUAUACAUGGGCUAUAUGAUUGCAAAACCUGUCAUGCACCCGUGGUUUNNGAUCAAUCCAAUGGCCUAUACCUUCGAUGCACUCAUGUCGACUGAAUUUCAUGACACUCAGAUGCCAUGUGUUGGCCCGAAUCUCAUUCCAAAUGGUCCUGGGUACGGAGGGAUUGCGGGUGGACAAUCUUGUGUCGGCGUCAUUGGCGCUGAGCAAGGCGCUACUAGCUUCUCGGGCGACUCGUAUCUUGCUGGCCUGUCGUAUUCCCAUUCGCAUGUUUGGCGCAACUUUGGCAUUCUGUGCUCAUGGUGGGUGUUCUUCAUCGCCAUCACGAUCUUUUUCACUUCUAGGUGGAAGCAGGUCGGCGAAGGAGGCCGCAAGCUACUGAUUCCUCGAGAAAGACAGAACAAAGUGACACAUCUCUUGCAACCUUGUGAUGAAGAGUCUGCUCAAGUCUCAGAGAAGGAGACGGAUACUGGUUUUGAAUCGGAUGAUAACAUGGAGUCGGAUUUGAUUCGCAACAGGAGCAUUUUCACCUGGAAGAACCUCACCUACACCGUGAAGACCCCGGACGGCGAUCGCGUACUCUUGGACAAUGUGCAAGGUUACGUCAAGCCAGGCAUGCUCGGUGCCCUCAUGGGCUCGUCGGGCGCGGGCAAAACCACUCUGUUGGACGUCUUGGCCCAACGCAAGACCCAAGGCACGAUCACCGGCUCCGUCUUGGUUGACGGAAGGCCUAUUCCUAUCUCCUUCCAGCGCUCAGCUGGCUACGUGGAACAACUCGACAUUCACGAGCCUCUAGCGACGGUUCGAGAGGCCCUUGAGUUCUCAGCUCGGUUGCGCCAAUCUCGCGACACGCCUGACGAGGAGAAACUACGCUACGUUGACACGAUCAUAGAUCUCCUCGAGUUGUCUACUCUCGAGCACACUCUCAUCGGCUCUCCAGGCUCCGGCUUGUCAAUAGAACAACGCAAGCGUUUGACCAUCGCUGUGGAAUUGGUUGCUAAGCCUUCGUUGUUGCUAUUCCUGGACGAACCUACAUCCGGCCUGGACGGUCAAGCUGCCUUCAAUACGGUGAGGUUCCUCCGAAAACUUGCAGCAGCGGGUCAAGCUAUCCUAGUCACCAUCCACCAGCCGUCAGCUCAACUGUUUGCACAAUUUGACAAAUUGCUUCUCCUUGCGAAAGGCGGCAAGACUGCCUACUUUGGCGAUAUUGGCGAUGAUGCUGAGACUAUCAAGGAGUAUCUGAGCCGCAAUGGUGCACCCUGCUUACCAGAAGCGAACCCGGCCGAACACAUGAUCGAGGUUAUCACUGGCUCAGGUGAACAGGAUUGGAGCCAAAUCUGGCUUGAAUCUGACGAGCACAAACAUCUAUCGAUUGAGAUUGACGACAUGGUCUCACAAGCCGCAUCUAAUCCCACUACCGUUAGUGACGACGGCAACGAGUUCGCUGCUUCGAUGUGGACGCAGACUAAGCUUGUGACGCAGCGCAUGAACAUCUCUCUUUACCGCAAUACAGAGUAUGUGAUGAACAAGUUCGCCAUGCACGUUCUUCUAGCUCUUCUGAAUGGAUUCACUUUCUGGAUGAUCGGAGACUCACUCAACGACCUCCAACAGAAUCUAUUCACCGUUUUCAUCCUUAUCUUUGUGUCGCCGGGUGUUAUUGCACAGCUGCAGCCGCUCUUUAUUGAUAGGAGGGAUAUCUUUGAGGCAAGAGAGAAGAAGAGUAAGAUGUACCACUGGGGUCCGUUCGUCACUGGCUUGAUCGUCUCGGAGUUCCCAUACCUGAUCGUAUGCGCUCUGUUGUACUAUGUUUGUUGGUAUUUUGCUCCCGGGCUAGACACUUCGCCAUACUCUGCUGGCAGUGUCUUCUUUGUUAUCGUAAUGUACGAAUUCCUCUACACGGCCAUCGGACAAGCAAUUGCAGCAUAUGCGCCCAACGCCGUUUUUGCCUCGCUGGUCAAUCCGUUGGUGAUUGUAACACUUGUUUCUUUCGCCGGUGUCGUCGUGCCAUACAGUCAAGUCCAGCCUUUCUGGAGAUACUGGCUCUACUACCUUGACCCGUUCAACUAUCUCAUGUCCAGCCUAAUGGUCUUUACAACCUGGGACAAACCCGUGGUCUGCAAACCCCACGAAGUCGCUCUCUUCGAUCCCCCAACCGGCCAGACCUGUGCCGAGUACCUGUCAGCCUACCAAAGUGGCAUGGGUGUGGCAACAAAUCUGCUCAACCCUAAUGACACUUCUGCUUGCCGGGUGUGCCAAUACUCGACCGGGGCAGAUUAUUUACACACGCUCAAUCUAGAUGACAAGUAUUAUGGUUGGAGGAACGCGGGCUUGGUGGUGGUGUUUGUUUUUGGCAUGUAUGGGCUUGUGUACCUUUUGAUGAAGUUGAGGACUAAGCAGACCAANAAGGCGGAGAGU